GACGCAGCAGGAUAGGUGGAUACCGGGAGAUAGCACAUAACUGCUAUCUUCCCCCAAGAUUAACCAUAAAAUAGGGCCUAUCCAAACUGCUAGUUAGAUGACUUUUAGUAGUUGAGAUCUACUAUCCAGUAUCCAUAUUCCAUAUUAUUCAAGAACCCCCGCAGGGUCCACUUCGUUAUGUCUCCAAUUUUUUAAUGUUGCCUAAUAAAUGCCUAGGCAUUAUCGGCCGCUGUUAAUCGCUCUCCCUUCUGCGGUCAUUUCUUUCCCGAUCAUCGUGGUCCAAACACCAUCCCCAACCCACUCCCCGGAGCAGAGGAGCCAUUUUCAAUCUUUUGCCAUUUUGACAGGUAAAAUUUCCAGAUAAUCAGCCCAUCUCAAGGAAUAAACACAAUAAUUGCCGGCAUGCCGCCGCGCAGGUCUCACAAGAAGUCCCGCAACGGCUGCGAGCUGUGCAAGAAAAGAAGGGUCAAG